CACGUAAGAUCAGAUGUGAAAGAUGGACUACACCACCAAAGACGUUCACAUGUUAAGAAUGAGUGAAACUCUUGAGCUUGAGUUAUCAGCGGGCCAAUCAUCAAAACCGGAACCCAAGAGGGGACUUCAUCCCCCAGCUCUGUUUCAGCCGAAUCUCCCCAUUCAAGACCCCGCACAGGCCCAGCCACAAACACAAGUGGAGCUGCAGAGGUGGCCAACACAGCGACUAGAGGAGUCAGACCUCGAGAUCCAGCACCCUAAUGAGCGAACUAAACCGACAUGGAUACAGCGCAGCUGUACGCUCUCUCUCUUCAUUCUGGUCUUCUGUUUGUGCGCCGUUUUCCUUGGAAUGGUUUACUACAUAUAUUACUCUCCCCAUCAAGGGAACGGGAACCAGGAAAUCCUUGUCAUUCCGUGUGACUCCCCAGCCUGCCAGAGGGCCUCAGUGAAUCUCUCCAUGUCUGCAGACCCCUUCACGCAUCCCUGUGACUACUUCCUGUUCUCGUGCAGACCCAACAGACCUUCUCCUGACGUCACGGGCCCCCAGAGAGAAAAAUCCAGAAGAGACUUAAAAGAAAAGAGGACAAGGGACAGAAAAACUGAGCUCCUGCAGUAUCUCAGGAAGAUUUUGGAAUCAAAUGACGGGCUUGCAAGUUCAGCUGUGCAGAAAGCCAAAGUGUUCUAUCGCACCUGUUUGGACACUAAGUCCUUGGAUAUGGCUGGAGUGGAGCCUUUCCUCGCACUCAUCCACAAACUGCAGCUUGGAGGUUGGCCAGUGUCAGGCCAGUGGAAUCAGACCGACUUCAACUCCACCCUCAGCACACUGAUGAGAGACUACGCCACCUUCCCGUUCUUCAACGUCUACGUCGGCGAAGACCCUACGGACACGGCUGCCAAGAGGAACAAACGAUACAUACAGAUCGAUCAGCCUGACUUCUUGAUCCCUAUUGAAUGGAACAACGAGACUGAGAAGUCUCAAGUUACAAGGGAGAUGCUGCUUCCUUUCUUGGCUUUAUGCGAGAGGUACCUGGAGCUGCUGGGGGCCUCGCCAGGCAGCGGCAUGAUCCACGUUGGCGCGUUCAUCUCACUGUCUUCAGAGCUCGCUGUGGCCGCAGCACCUCUGAGUCACCGCAGAUCCAAAGGGCAGCUCUAUCAGCGCUUUACCAUCAAGGAGUUACAGCAUGAAGCCCCGGCUAUCGACUGGUUGGGUUGCCUGCAGGCUGCGUUCCAUUCACAGCCCCUCUUUGAAGAUGACCACAUCCUCCUGCACAACCUGCCUUAUAUCGUGCAAAUGUCCCACAUCAUCAGCCACUGGAUGACCCGGCACGAACUGAGAACCAGCGGCCCCCUCCACACGUUCAUGGUGCUCAACUUGCUGCACACUCUCCUGCUCGCCCUGGACUCAAGAUUCUUGGACACGGCGGCUAAUUUGUCAGUGGCUUUGGGUGACCCAAGAGCGAGGCAACGCAGUCUUCACUCAAAAACAAACGCUUUGAGUGAGCCCUUCGCGACGGCCCCUCGCUGGAAACGCUGCGUGCUGGAAACGGAGCGAGGGUUCGAUGGGGUUCUGGCGCAUCUGUUUAGAGAAGACGCCGCCAGCGGAGCGGCAGAGGAGCUUAGCGAAAAUAUCCUGUCUUCCUUCAAGUCACACCUGCACGAGCUCAAGUGGAAUGAUAAGAAGACUCUCCAGUUUGUUAUGAAUAAGGUUCAGUCCGUAACUCCAAGAAUUGUGAGACCAAAAGAAAACACGACUGAGGCGGAGCUUGACCUGCUUUAUUCAGAGGUGUCCAUCAGCACCCACAGCUUCUUCUCCAACUACCUGCAGCUGCUGUCCUUCUUGCAAAAGAGGCACAGUAGACUCUUGCAUGCAAACAGCGAUGACACUGAUAUUUGUUCUUUGCUUCAAAGUCUAUCCGUUACGAUAUCGCUUCUGGGCAAUGAGCUGAUCAUUCCCAUGGGAAUGUUUAUCCCUCCUCUCUUCCAUCCCACAUACCCAAGAGCCAUGAAUUACGGCGUGAUGGGUUUCCUUCUGGCCAAAGACCUCCUUCACCUGUUUCUACCUGACAUUCACUCCAAGAGUGCAACGGUGGGUGCUUUGGGGCAGUGCGUCUGGUCCCACUACCUCACCGUGACCAACAAGGACAGUGAGGGGCUUCUGCUACCUGCAGCUCAGCAGCAAGAAGUGUGGCUGCAAUAUUCGGCACUGCAGAUCGCUCGGAAGGCGUAUCAGAAGAGUCUGAAGAAGCACCCGUCAGACACAUCCAUCUCAGGAUUCUCGGGCACUCGUCUUUUUUUAAUGACAUUCUCUCAGGUGACCUGUGACGCUGACCAGUAUCAUCACUUGAUGCCUUUGGAGCCCUCCUUUCUCAUCACAACCCUCUGCGCCAAAUCUCAUCUUUGCCCCACAAACCUGCAAUGCCCUAAAACAACUCAGCGGCGUUUGCCGCAUGGAUGCUGAACAUGUUUAAAGGAGACUGCAGCCCCCCCCCCCCCACACACACACAAAUUAAGACAGUUCUUGGGUGUCUUAAUAACAUGUCAUCGUCUGAAGAUCAAGAAUGAUACUACAUUUUACAAACUUCACAGCUUGUCUUGCCCAAAAUAGCCCGUAAGUGAGCCAGACCUCAACCCAUCCCACAAACUGCUGAGCAGUUCUGGCUUUCGUUACCAUGAUGACUAGCGGGGCUGGAUCUCGACAGGCGAUUGAGCACAUUCAAGCCGACGUUUGUCCGCAUCGCUUGAUGGCCAGCGCUACUAAUGGAAGCGGACCCCAGUGUGGAACCAAAAGUGAGUACCCUGAGGGAGAACGCAAGUGUUUAAACUCGUGGAGGCAUUAGUUCAUGCAUUAUAAUGUGGUGGAUGGACACCUUGUCAAACCCUAAUACUCUAACUCAAAUCUACACGCACACCCUACUGUUAUAGAAGACCAAAUUUGAUGGGUGGCAACUCACUGCAGAGACCCAACUAUUUGGAUACAAACAACACAAGUCUACUUUCCAUAAUACAUCAACUUUUUCAACAGUAAAGGUAUUAUUAUAUCACCCGUGUUAGUCAUGCAAGUGAUGUGUAGAUAGCCUACACAAUGUGUAAGAUAACUAUUCUUGUUUGUAUAUAAGCCUUGUUUGGUGUAUACUUGUGUUCUGUUAAAAAAAAUAAACUGUCGGGAUCCAUUCAAUGAAAAAUUUGUUCUUGAUAUACUUGCAUGGGAUUACCAUUGUGUAAACAUUGUCAUUUGCCUUGUACUUGGGAUUUUCCCAAACAGCUUUUAAAAACUGAUUAAUAAGGAGUGGCAUGAGGAAAUUUUUUUUUGGCCUCAGAAGGAGUCAUUUGAUUGGCUUGCAAAGGCUACUUGUGUGUUGUAACUGCCUUUUGGCGUCUGAUUGGUGAAUUGUCAUCGUAUGACAUAAGCAAUCCUGUGCAAGGGGCGCCCUAUGUGGAAGUCUUAGAUCGAGUCUAAAAAUAGACACGCACGCAAGACUUGAUAAAAGCAAGAAAGGGCUUGUCGAUCAUUGUAAUGGAGUAAAAAUAUCAAUCCCUAAAUACCCAAAAGUAUGGUGCAUUUAA